ACACCGCCCCCCAAGUAACCUGGCCAAUAAUAGAAGAGCAUAAGGUGUUGUCCCCGCCCCUUACAAGUUCUCCGGGUUCCCCUUGCAGAAGACGGGCAGUGAGUGCGCGCGGUGCAUGCGGCUGGAGCGGGCUGCACGAUGCAUCUCUCAGCUGUGGCUUCCGUCAUCUGCCUGCUCACCUGUUCCCUAGCCCCAGUACAUGGUUAUGCAGACGGGAAAGUCACUCAUGCAUGCAGCUCUAUGAUCCCCGGACAUGGGCAUUCAGCCCAGGACUCUCCACAACACAGCAUUGCAGCAGAUAAGACCGUGUUUAAGGAAGGAGAUCGCAUCAAGGUAACUUUAUCAGGACCGCGGUUUGAUGGAUUUUUCAUGCAAGCACGCGAUGCUAAUAAUUUAGCUGGUUCUGCAUUGGGAUCAUUUGAGUUGAUUGAUGCAGAGGUUUCACAGCUGUUAUUAUGUGGAGACGUUCAGAAUUCAGCGGUAAGUCACACAAGUAAGCGGAAAAAGACAGAAGUGUCAUUUUAUUGGAUUGCUCCUGCCAACAGCCCGCAGCAUGUUCAGUUCCUAGCAACAGUGGUUGAAAAAUAUAAAAUUUAUUGGGUAAAGAUUCCCGGACCAGUGCUUUCACAAGCAAAUGCACCCCCCAUCACCACUAAAGCUGCUGUAAGCUUUGCGCUAUCAGCACAACCAGUGAUAUCCAUUACACAUCAUUUUGAUGCAUCUGGUUGUGGAAGCAGCAAAUUCUGCAUCAGGAAUCCCUCCUCGUGCAACCCAGAGCAAAAUCCUAAAUGCUUUUUCCUCUCUUUCAAAAGAGAGGGUCAGUCCGUUCUGGUUGAGAUGAGUGGACCAGCACAGGGUUAUCUGUCGUUUGCCUUAUCACAUGACCAGUGGAUGGGUGAUGAUGACGCCUACCUGUGUGUGAUAGAUGACCAAAGCGUUGAGAUAAAUCCUGCCUACAUGCGAGGACGCACACACCCUGAAGUGGCGCCACCGGAUGUUCUUCAGGACCUUGCGUGGAAGUUGGAAGAUGGUUUUGUUCAGUGCUCUUUUAGACGUAACAUUAGCAUUCCGUCCUCCCCAGAGAGGUUUCGCUUGGAUGCAGAAUACUUCAUCUUUCUAGCAGAUGGCGAGGCUGAAGAUGGACGUAUUUUAAGACAUCGUCGCCAGCCUCUGAUUACAAACAAGAUGUAUGACAUCACCGGCUCUCCUGAGGAUGUAGGCGGAUCACGGUCACCGACCCUCAUCAAGUUUCAUGGUGCGUUUAUGAUCAUGGCGUGGAUGACCACAGUCAGUAUUGGGGUUAUCGUUGCUCGAUUCUUCAAACCUGUCUGGCCAGGCUCACUCUUGUGUGGGGAAAAGAUUUGGUUCCAGGUGCACCGUACUCUGAUGAUCACAACCGUGGUUCUGACAAGUGUCGCUUUCGCACUUCCGUUUGUAUACAGAGGUCACUGGAGCAAAAGAGCAGGUUAUCAUCCAUAUUUGGGUUGUAUAGUGAUGGCAUUGGCAAUUCUUCAACCAGUUCUAGCAGUGUUCCGACCGCCACCUCGCACUGCCAGGAGGGCAUUGUUUAAUUGGACACAUUGGGGAAGUGGCACUGCAGCUAGAAUAAUAGCUGUGGCUGCAAUGUUUCUGGGGAUGGAUUUGCCGGCGCUUGAUCUUCCUGACCCGUGGGACACGUACGUAAUGGUUGGCUUUGUGCUCUGGCACGUCUCUAUAGACAUUCUUCUGGAGGUUCAUGGAUACUACCAGUUACGCAAAGCCCUCUCACAACAUCCCUGGUCUGCUCCAGCCGAAAAAUUGGAUGAAGAUACAGUUGGAAUUUUAAACAACAAUAUAGAUGAGGGUCACACCUUUAAGAAGAUUGUGCUGACUAUAUACAUCUGUGGAAACUUUGCAUUUCUCGUAACGUUCCUGGCUGCAAUUAAUCAACUUUAAACUGCACUGAGUAUUGUUGCACAGAUAUCCCUGACCCUGUUGUCCUUUAGAAAUAUAAUGGGACUGAUCUUAUUGUUGCCUUACAAAUAACUAACGAAGCCAAGCAGGACACUUAUUCUAUGCAGUUAAGAUCCAUUUUAUAGAUAUUUUCUGAAAUCUAGAACAUUGAUUAGGAAUGCUGAGAGAAUAAUUAUUGUCCCGGCUAUGAAAGAUUUUUAUCUCUUGCAUAUCAACUUCAUUUGAUUUCUUUGUCCUUUCACAAUUGUGGUGGAUUUACACAAUAUUAGAAACAUUUACGGCAUAUUGUCUAUAGUAGAGUUUUGAAUACACAAAGAAGUUUUUUUGGGGUUUUUUCCCCCCGCCGUUGUCCUAUUCCUAAUCUGUAAGUCUUUCAUUGGUAUGAUGUAAAGGCUUCUCUCAGGAGGAAAAGACCUUUUCUAUUGAGAUACACGGAGCCAAUAUUUUUAACUACUUAAACCAAAAAACUUCUCAGAUUAUUAAAUGGUGACCUAUUUAAUCAAUCACGUUUGUAGCUUAAUUAAUAUUUUUAAAGAAAGGGACUAUAUUAGAGGUAAACUUGCUCAGCUUUCUGAGACUACCAGAUCAUUUACAUUGUAACAAUGCGCUAUAUUAGGUUUCAUUUAAAUAUUUUUUUUUAUAUUUUUCUGAUCUUAAAGGGACAUAAAAAUUCCAGCUGAACUAAUAUCAAGGCUUAAAAAAUACCAGUUUCUGGGGGGAGGGGGGUGUUUGUUGGGGUUUUUUAAACACCAAUUACAAUAGUAACUCCAGUAACUUAAAUUGUUUUCUAGAUGCACUGCCCUAUGACUUGGCUAUCCAUUGGCUGUAACAAUCCCUGCAGAAAAUCCAGAACAGAUUUUGUACCAAUGCAGUUUGUUUGUAUUUUUGGGCAGUGUAAAACGAGAUAGCAGUGACUGUGAUGCUUAAAAAAAUAAAUAACUAAAACGUUAUCCAGUUAAAAAGGUGCCUUCUUAAACUUUCAGCUAGUUUUCUAUCACCUUAAAGGAACUCUUUGUACCUUUUUUAUAAUGAAGCAGAAUUCAUUGCAUUAUAUGAAGUUUAAAAAGGACAAAGUACAUGAAUUGAAAAGCCUAUUUUGCUCCAGUUUUUAUAAUCUAUUUGUUGCCAUUAUAUCAAUAACAUGAUUACAAAUCUAGUGAGAUAUUAUGUAUACUAUUUUUUUAUAAUGCAAUAAUGAAUGUUUGUUUACAGAAUAUAUUUUUUACAGAGAUCACCAAACUAAUAAGUAAUAUAUUUCAGAUUUGGUAUACGGGUAAUCGUUUAACAAGCAGUGUCAGUUAACGUGCUUAACUCAAUAAAAGGAAAAUCACAUUA